GGGGACGGCAUACACAAGCGAGCAGGGUUCCCUCGGGGCUUCACACCUGCUUAAAUUUAGCUCCGCCCCGCACUUAACGACCGGUUGAAAACCUCGGUCUAUAUAUUAUAAUAAAAAAUUCUCGGUGCUUGUUUUAUUACUCACUCUUUCAUAAUUUAAUAAAACUAAAACAACGACGCCAGCUUGCUGCAUUUGUAUCCUCGACACUCAUGAUGAUGCUCGUAUUUUUGCUGGCCUCACUCUUCAUCAAUCGGAAUGUUGCUUCGACGUCAUGUGACCGAGAGGGCAUGGAGGACACAAUAUGUAGUUUGUGUGCACAGAGGAAGGACGCUGGCUUGUGGUCACGUGUUGAAGAUCUAGAAACACGUGUGGCUUCCCUCAGAAGGAACAUUGCUUUCUAUACAUACAUGUCAAAAAGUGUCAAAAUCAGCUCGCUAUCUGCAAACAAGAUCUUAGUGUAUGACGUGGUGGAACUCAAUCUGGGGAAAGGAUAUGACGUCGUUACCGGAAAAUUUGUUACACCAGACAGUGGCCUAUAUGCUUUUCACGUGACUGUAGUAGCAUUCGACGGUUCUUGGAGUACCGUCAAAUUGAUGCUUGAUGGCGUGGUGAAAAAUGUCGGAUUUUCGGAUUCCGGAAACCACAAUGAUCGAACAUCUUCUUCCACUUUCACUAUUUUGUCCCUGGAAAAGAAUCAAACUGUUUACACACAGGUCGGUUGGUAUGGUGGAUCUAUAUUAGAAAGUAAUGAACACUCUCGGCUUAGUUUCUCUGGGUAUAAGAUUGGCUGAAGAGUGAUCAAUGACACUGUUUGCCAAAAUUUUGUAAUCCCAUAUGUACUAUCAAUUAAGGGAAGCAGAUGUAUGCCGUAAAACACAAUUUGUUGUACUAUAUGAUAAUAGAAUAAAAAUGUGAAAAACCA